AUGUCGUUUACAUACGUGUUCUAUUUUGUUACUCAAUUGAUUAUACCAUGUGAUGUGAUUUUGAGCAGUACUAAAAGGUAUUGUGGUCUCUAUGGUUGCGUCACAUAUGAGUCGUGGAGCACUUAUGUGGAUAGCAUUUGUAAUUACGUAGCUCCAGCGUUAAUCACCGUACUUUUCAGUUUGAGUCUCUUCGUUCGAGUGCUGUGCUGUCGACAUCAUGUAAUCGGUCGGAUAAGAUGGCGCAAGUACAAGAAGUUGGCUUUUCAGUUACUACCGUUGUCAGUAUUGUAUCUCGUAUUACAAUUUCCAGCAAUGAUUUUGUAUACAGCAUAUACAGCCGGUCUGCCAUAUCUAGUGGCAGCUGAGUACUACAGCGAUAGUUUGUAUAUGACAUUUUGGAUUGUGCUACUGAUCCCGUUUGCAUGCGCAAUUUCGAUGGCAAAUUUGAGAAUUAAGUGUAGUAAUAUGAUUUCUUUUUGGCGACCACAGCGUACUGUUGCUCCACAAACAAUAGCACUCAACGAUCAAGCAGAUUGCCUCAAAGUUGCAUUGAACAGAAUGUAUUGA